GGCGAGGGAAAAAUCAAACAGGAUGCGAUGCUGUCGUAAUGCGACCUUCGUCCGAGUUCGCAGUUCUCGUCACUCUUGCUCCGGUAUGUACGUUCGUCACGGAAAGCAGUUGUAAUGCUUUGGGCUUGACAGGUCUCAAGUUAGAUAAUCGAAGAGCACCAGGCUUGCUUGCGCUGUGUAGCCGUGUCGCGACGAGCUGGAGAAUGCGCAGAUACACCAGCCCUAUGUAUGUAUGUCUGUUUGGCGGAUGCGGCAGAAAAGCUAAGGGUGUAGGGGUGGGUGUGUGUAUGCAAGGGUAUCCUAUGGUGAGGCAGAGCUUGAGGCGAAUGGCGUUUCUCGGACCGAAGCAGGCAGGAAUGAUGCUUUGCACGGGCUUGGGAGUCUAAAACUGACAAGGUUGGGGAAGAAUGGAUACUCAAAGGGAAAAAGAAAAAAGAAAAAGAAGAAAAAAUCUCCCCCAGAAAAGACGCUCGGUCUGCAACUAGAUGUGGUACCCGAGUUGUAUUUACAGGGUGCUAAA